AUGGCGACCCCUGAGGAAACCCAUCAAGCCUCAGUUAUCGCCUAUUGUCAAAAUCCAUCGCCUGAAAAUGUCGUGAGUCAAUACGGAAAACGUGUCAUCAGAAUAUCGGAUCAGGAAGUGGUGAAAUGGGGCCCGGAUGUCACAAAUGAAGAAGCCGAAAACCAAAGGAUAGCUUAUGAGCUCGUGGACAGUCGCAUAGUUCGUAUUCCACGUGUUCACGCUUUUUUCUCUGAUGAGCGGGGUUGGGGCUACGUCGUGAUGGAGUAUAUAAAAGGGAAGGUUGUGGAUCCAUUGGAGGAUACAGGCGCCAUUAAAAAAAUUGCGGGUAUGCUUGACUAUUUUGCGACACUACGGCAUACUACUCCUGGCUCUCUGUGUGGGGGGUUCUGUCGAGGGCUUCUCUUUCCCGAUACUGAAGAUCUGGUAUUUGAAGAUCCCGAUGAAAUGGAGAAAUGGUUUAAUAGCAGGUUGUUCUCAUACAACCCGAAGCUAUCCCUUCAGAGCUGUGAACUUAUACUCUGCCACUUGGAUUUAGCACCUCGGAACAUCCUGUGGCAGGAAGAUGGGUCUUUCUGCCUCAUUGAUUGGGCAUCUGCCGGCUACUAUCCAAGGUUAUUUGAGUUUUGCGCGCAGUGGAUUAUUGAGGGAAAGGACGGCAGAUUCAAUUCGCUUCUCUUAGAAUCGAUGAAUCCUUUGUCGUCUCAAGAGCUGGCGCAAAAAGAAUCCAUCAUGUCUGCUUGGAGAAACUUUCAAAAGUAUUCUUUACCAAAAGAGUCACACCAUGGCAAAGCGAAUCAGAAGAAAUUAUCCGUGUCCCUCCUCCUCCAAUGCCAGCAUACUCAUCAGAUUGGCCUGGACAAGCUGGACAAGCAUGCUUCACCCCGAAAUCACCCCCUUCUAUGGACUCUCCAAGCUCGGCAUUUGACACUAGAGAAGGGAAUUGAAUCAGGGAUCUCCUUGCACUUGUUCUUAGAACUGCGCGCAACAAUUGCUCCACGCGAUGAGCCCUCCGGUGGUGCCUAG